AAAGUGACUAGCUAAAACUGACCCUUUCCUUAAAAUUAUAAUUCAUUUUCUCUCUGGGUUGCAUGCUGUUCACCAAUUUAUUCAUUUGCGGUGAAGGAGGAAGCUGCAGCCUCACUCCUCUAACCCCGCAGACCGCACCGGCUUCCCGGGCUCUGCAGCGUCAACACAGCCGUCGUUGAUUUAGAAAAAUAAAUCUUACGAAGAACCAAACAUGUCGAAAACAGAGAAAGAAACAGCGUUAAGUGAAAACACACUCUUUGGGAUGGGAAAUCCCUUGCUGGACAUUUCAGCCGUUGUGGACAAAGAUUUCCUUGACAAGUUUGGACUCAAGCUUAAUGACCAGAUCCUCGCUGAAGAACACCACAAAGCCCUGUUUGAAGAAAUUGUCCAGAAGAACAAAGUUGAAUACCAUGCAGGUGGUUCGACACAGAACUCCGUGAAAAUUGCACAGUGGAUGAUCCAGGAACCCCACAAGGUGGCUACUUUCUUCGGGUGCAUUGGUAACGACCGCUUUGGGGAGAUCCUAAAGAAGAAGGCCGAAGAAGCCCACGUCGACGCACAUUACUAUGAACAAAACGAGGAGCCGACCGGUACCUGUGCCGCCUGCAUCACUGGGGAUAAUAGGUCCCUUGUUGCUAACCUGGCAGCGGCAAACUGCUACAAAAAGGAAAAACACCUGGACUUGGACAGCAACUGGGAGCUGGUGAAGAAAGCCAAGGUCUAUUAUAUUGCGGGUUUCUUCCUCACUGUGUCCCCGGACUCCAUCCUGAAGGUGGCGAAGCACGCUUCAGAGAACAACAAAAUCUUCUGCAUGAACCUCUCAGCACCUUUCAUCAGCCAGUUCUUCAAAGAGCCCUUGAUGAAGGUCAUGCCUUACGUCGACAUCUUGUUUGGUAACGAGACGGAGGCGGCGACAUUUGCCAAAGAGCUCGGCUUUGAGACAGAUGACAUCGCAGAGAUUGCAAAGAAAACCCAAAACCUCCCCAAGGAGAACACGAAGAGGCAGCGAAUGGUGGUGUUCACCCAGGGCAAGGACGACACUGUUGCAACUGUUGGUGAGAAGGUGACCAUGUUCCCAGUUUUGGACAUCGAACAAAGCGAUAUCGUGGACACUAACGGAGCUGGAGACGCCUUUGUGGGAGGAUUCCUUUCUUCUUUGGUCAAAGAACAUGCUGUAGAGGAGUGCAUCCGGGCAGGACACUACUCUGCCAACGUCAUCAUCAGACGUGUCGGAUGUACUUUCCCAGAGAAGCCGGACUUUCAGUGAUGCAUCUGCGCAUUUGUCUUUUCCACAAGAUACUUGUAUAUGUAUGCUUCAGGAUUUCAUGUACAUUUUUUUCUAAUUACAGUGGCUCACUGCAUGGACUAAGUGCUGCAGCUUGAAUAUUUUAUCAAGCUCGCAAAAUCAACUCAGAUGUUUCAUGCAAUUCAAAUAAUGUACUAGUAUCAAACCUUGGAAUAAAAUGGUUAUGUUAAAAGGA